UGUCACUCUAGCUGCUGUCACUCUCGCUGCUGUCACUCUAGCUGCUGUCACUCUAGCUGCUGUCACUCUAGCUGCUGUCACUCUAGCUGCCGUCCCUCUCGCUGCCGUCACUCUAGCUGCCGUCACUCUAGCUGCCGUCACUCUAGCUGCUGCACCUCUCGCUGCUGUCACUCUAGCUGCUGUCGCUCUCGCUGCUGUCGCUCUCGCUGCUGUCACGCUAGCUGCUGUCACUCUAGCUGCUGUCACUCU